AUGAUUCGUAACCGACAAAAGUUCACUCGUGGUGGCCCACUCUUGUGUUUGUUGCCAAUAUUAGCUGUGCUCGCGCUGCAUCAUUUACCGCCAGUUAUCACCGAAUCCGCGGAAAAUGCAACGGAUCCGAAAGCAUGGUUUGAGCGAAUGAACGCGGAAUUGCAUGCACUGAACCGUGAGGCAGCACAGUACGGAUGGGAUUUAAGCACUCAGCAUCAAUCCCGUGUGGAGUUCACGCUCGAGAGCAUAGUUCAAUUAGCUCAGCGCAAGUCCGCCUGGCUGCAGGAUACAUGCGACGAGGGCGCCCUCUACCGUCAGCACGGCUGGCCAUACGAUCGUGCUUACUAUUUGCUGUGUCGGGGACCGCGAAAUACCCCGGAGGAACUGAGUGAAAUGGCUCAACUGUUUUCCUUCAUUCAGCGUAUCUACACUGAGUCGGAAGUGUGCAUUCAGGCCAACUGUGGAGAUGGUCGCUCUGACAAUUAUGAAGACGCGACUAUUCUGUGGACCAAUACAUUCGUACGCUAUCCCGGUCUGAGCACAGGGCAUUUGGAUCUUACUUUUGUCGCGCCAGUGUCUCCACAAGUGCUUACGCCGAGCAUUCCGACCAAACUACCUCACGAACUGCAAUGUUUCUCGGGUGAACCCGAUCUGGAGCGCUUGAUGCUAUCGGAUGGCAUGGACCGUGUGUGUUCCGGACGUUUCCCGAACGAAAUUGUUCUCCGAUGGGUGUGGGAAUCCUGGCGAAUGGCGGUAGGACCUCCGAUGCGGCAACCGUACGGACGAUUGAUUGAGCUAAUGAAUGCUGGCUGCAUGCGUGGCGCGAACCAUCGCGAUGUGGGCGAGUGCUGGCGUGAGGAGCUGGAAAUUCCCGAACUGCGUCUGAUGGUCGACCGUUUGUGGCACGAGGUAAAACCAUUCUAUCAGAAGCUACACGCCGUAGUGCGCCACUUUAUUCGCGAAAAGCAUCCAACAGCGGCAUCGUCUAUCGACGUCGAUGGGCUAAUUCCGGCACAUCUUCUCGGUGGCAUGUGGAGCCAGAGCUGGACGAGCUACUGUCAUGAUAUUUUUCCGCAUCCCGUUGACAUCGAUCAAGCUUUCGGCAGGGCUAACUGGACUUCGAUGGAUCUGGUGCGACGUGCCGAAGAUCUGUACGCGUCUCUUGGUCUUUCACGCAUGACGAACGAGUUCUGGAAGCACAGUCUCAUCGGUAAGGGUGCUAGUGGGGGCAAGUGUCACGGAACGGCAGCCAACAUGUUCGCAGAUGGAGCGGAUGACUAUCGUAUGAUCGUGUGUCCACGGUCCGAAGCUGCUGGUCAGGAUUUUUACGUUACUGUGCACGAAAUGGGCCACAUUGUCUACUACAUGGAGGCGUCCAAACAGCCGACCAUCUUCAGUGAUGGAACGACGGCCGCAUUCCAGGAAGCGCUCGGAGACGCCAUCUACCUGGGUGCUGUAACACCUCAGCAUCUCGUGCGUCUCGGAUUGCUUGAUCCUAAACACAUGGCACCGGAGAAAAUUCCGUUUGGAACGGGCCCCACGUUAAAUUCCUUCGAUUAUGCGUUUCUGCUGCGCAUGGCGCUGGGCAAGAUUCCUACCAUUCCUUUCGAAUAUCUUAUGGACCAGUACCGGUGGGAUGUUUUCGAUGGAAGCGUCGACUACACGCAAGAUGCAAACAGUUACUUUUGGUUUCUGCUCGAACGGCAGCAGGGCAUUCGACCCCCGUCUUCAGUGCAUUCGCGGCUCCAACUGUUCGAUGCCGGCUCCGUUUACCAUUUGUCAGAUAAUACACCUUUCGUGCGCUAUUUUCUCGCGAGCUUCCUGAGCUAUCAGAUCUACGAGGGAUUAUGCCGCGCUGCUCUUUUCGGCACGGUUACCAAUCCUACGCACGAAAUCCCAAUGCCAUUACAUCGCUGUGACCUAUACGGCUCCAAGAAGGCCGGUAAACUGUUGCGCAAAUCACUAGCACUCGGUGCCUCUGUACACUGGACUGACGUACUGGAAGAGCUUACCGGAGACGUGGAGAUAUCAGCCAAAAGUUUGCUCAAGUACUAUCAACCGUUGGACGAGUUUUUGGAUCGUUUCAUUGCACGCCAUCGUCUCGUGGUUGGAUGGGAACACUAAC